GCUCGGGUGGCCAGAACUCGAGGUCAAAGGGUCCGAGGGUACCUAGGUGCAACAAUUGCAAGAAACACCACUCGGGUAAGUGUCACGACCCUCCUAGGUGCUAUCAUUGCACAGAGGUCGGGCACACGAGGGUGAGCUGCCCACAAAUUGUGCAAAACCAAACUUCGGGGUCAAGUGGUGGAACUACAAGAAAUGAAAACCAAACCGAGGUUUCUCAAGGGAGCAGGGGACAUGGGGGAGCAAGCACGAGCAACGCGCCAUCCGUGAACCAAGGAAGGACCCAAGCUAGGGUCUACGCGAUGACAGAGGCGGAUGCUCAAGCUAACCCGGAUUCCGUUGCAGGGACACUAAAGAUUAAUGGGAAGGAUGCGCGAAUCCUUAUCGAUACCGGGGCGCAACGUUCAUUUGUGAAUGAAGCGUUCGCCAAGAGGUUGGGGGUGCAAUCCGCACCAUUGAUGCAAACCUUAGUGGUAUCAACACCACUAGGAGAUGACGUGGAAAGAAUUUGUUAUUAUCCAUCUUGUGGGGUGGAGGUUAAUGGUCAAACCUUGACGUGUGACUUCGUACCGCUGGGCAUGAUUGAAUUCGAUGCAAUCCUAGGGAUGGAUUGGCUAGAAAGGAACCAUGCUAGGGUAGAUUGCUACACGAAGGUUCUUGAACUCGAAGGCAAUGAUGGGGAGACCCUACGCUUCGAGGGCGAUCGAGGGAGAUCAAAUAGCUGUAUCAUAUCCGCCGUGAGAGCGAGAAGUAUGAUGAGAAAGGGAUGCCACACAUAUCUAGCAUACGUGGUUGACAAAACCAAAGAGGAAACAAACAUCGAUGAUGUGAGGGUGGUUUGUAAGUAUCCGGAUGUCUUCCCUAAAGACCUACCGGGGCUUCCACCUGAUAGGGAGAUUGAAUUUGCGAUCGAGGUUGAGCCUGGUACCAAACCAAUCUCCAUACUGCCAUACCGUAUGGCACCCGCUGAACUUAACGAGUUGAAAACCCAAUUGCAAGAGCUUUUGGAUAAUGGUUUCAUUAGACCAAGCCACUCCCCGUGGGGAGCACCAGUUCUUUUUGUGAAAAAGAAAGAUGGGACACUUCGAAUGUGUAUUGACUAUCGUCAGCUGAACAAGGUCACAAUCAAGAAUAGGUAUCCUUUGCCUAGAAUUGAUGACUUGUUUGAUCAACUACGAGGGCAACCGUGUUUUCAAAGAUUGAUUUGAGGUCGGGUUACCAUCAAUUGAAGAUUAAGGAAGACG